AUGCCCUUUCUUCUAGGCGACGAGGCCCGCGAAAAUGCCAAGCGAUCCAUCAAAGCACUACGUGCCCACACCAAGAAGGAGCAUGAGGAGCUGCUUCUCCGGACCGGCGAGAUCCCGGGCCAGACCGGGAACGUGGCCCCGGAGUUCCAGCCCGUGCACUUGGUGUUGAACACCAAAAUCCACCUUGUGAAGGUGAAAGACUACACGCCGCGGAUCAUUCCCAUCUCGCACAAGCUCAGCCAACUCGGCGAGAAGUCCAUUGCCCUCAUCUCACGUGACGGCUCGUUCCGCCAGCCGCUCACGGAAAAGGGUUCUCCUACAGAAGACCUCUUCAACAAUAUCAUUCCGUUCUCCAAGGCCAAGCAGAUGGGGAACAACGCAAAGUCCUUGUUGCGCCUCUUCAAGGAGAACGACGUGAUUGUCGGCGACGCGCGCAUCCACAAGCACCUCCCGGACAUCUUGAAAGCGCAGUUCUACGCGAAAAACAAGAAGGUGCCGUUCAAGAUAUUGAUGUCCUUGCCGGUGCCGGGCAAAAAAACACACGGGCGCAUUGACCAGCUGUGUGAGCCCAAAUACGUCAGGGCACAGCUCAAGUCGAUCGUGGGAAACACCUAUUUCAUCCCCCCGGCAGGAGGCACGUGUGUGUCCAUCGUGGUGGGGUUCACCAACUGGAAAGUGUCGGAGAUCCUCACCAACAUCGACGACGUCAUUUCAUAUCUCGUGGAAGAAAAACACAGACCUGUGGGAGGGCUCUUGCGCAGUGUGGACAACUUGCACAGUGUUCUCAUCAGGACAAAGUACAGUGUGGCUUUGCCUGUGAUGAAUAAGAAAGAGGCGGAUGGGGAGGACGAAAGCUGGAGCGAUUCUUAG